AUGGUCACUAAUGAGUUGAAAAUGCUAAGAGAUGAACAAGUUCAAUAUAGGGAGAGAAGCAUGAGUGGAGAAUCCCAGAGUGAGCAAGAAACCUUAAGAGUAGGAGAUUACUAUCCUUCUUCAUCAAGAAGGCAUAGGCGUGACUAUGAAAAUUCUCCUCCUCCUCCUAAGGAAGUCAAUGUGGUAUUGUCUCAUUUUCAUGGGAAAGAUAACAUUGAGGCUUACCUUGACUGGGAAAUGAAAGUAGAGCAAAUAUUUGCUUGUCAACAAGUGUCGGAGGAAAGGAAAGUCUCUCUAGCUACCCUUAGUUUUCAAGGGUAUGCAAUGUAUUGGUGGACUGCUCUAGUCAAAGAGAGACUGAGACAAAAACUUCCUCCCAUUAAAUAUUGGAAUGAACUCACAACUGCUCUCAAGAAAAGGCACAUUCCCUCUUACUAUAAAAGGGAACUUAUGGAUAAGCUCCAAAGGUUGCAACAAAAGUCUAUGUUUGUUGAAGGAUAUAGACAACAGAUGGAGUUAUACAUAAUGAGAGCAGGGAUCACAGAGGCAGAGCUAGAUUUUUGA